UACUCCCCUCGAAGCUCAUUUCCCUUGGACAGUGGAAGGCGCAUGCCUAAUGCCUCUAUUCCCCUCGAAGCUCAUUUCCCUGGACGGUGGAAGGAAACCCCCUUCCCCUCUUUCCUCUUCGAGCAGCUAUUUUAACUGCCAAUGACGGCUCCUUCGGUCCUUCCUCGCUGUCAUGAGCCUUCAUUUCCCCGCCCUCGUCUCUCGAUGCACCCACCCCAGGCAGCUCCACCAAAUCCAAGCCCACCUCACCGCCGCCGGCCUCCUCCUCUCCAGCGUCUUCCUCCACAACGCCCUCAUCCGCGCCCACGCCCGCACCCCCUCCCCCCACGCUUCCCUUCCCCUCUACGCCCAGCUCCUCCGCUCCGGCCUCCUCCCCGACACCCACACCUUCCCCUUCCUCCUCAAGGCCUGCUCUCUCAUCCCUGCCCGCCCCCAGGGUCUCUCCGCCCACGCCCACUCCCUCAAGCUCGGCCUCGACUCCCACCUCUUCGUCAACAAUGCCCUCAUCCACUUCUAUUCUGUCAUCGGAGCCAUCGCCGAUGCCCGCCACUUGCUGGAUCAUGCUCGAGAGUUCGAUGCAGUUUCUUACAAUUCGAUGAUCAGCGGCUAUGUGAGAAUUGGUGAUCUGGGAACCGCAAGAAGGCUGUUUGAUGAAACACCUGCAAGAAAUGUGGUGACUUGGAGUGCGAUGAUCUCCGGUUACGCCCAAGGUGGGCAUUCGAAGGAGGCGUUGGGGCUUUUUUCGCGGAUGCAAUCUGAAGCGUUUAAGCCUAAUGACACGACUCUGGUUAGCGUGCUCGCUGCUUGUGCCCAUUUAGGGGCAUUGGAGCAGGGGAAGUGGGUCCACGGAUAUUUGAGGAGCAACGGGAUUAAGAUUAGUGUGUUCCUGGGUACUUCUUUGAUUGAUAUGUAUGCAAAGUGUGGGGAGGUGGAGUUGGGUUUGGAGGUGUUCAAUGGGAUGCAGGAGAAGAAUUUGUUGGCUUGGACUACGAUUAUCAAAGGUCUUGCGAUGCAUGGUCGGGGUAUGGAGGCGUUGAAACUCUUCUCAGAGAUGGAGAAGUGUGGUGUUGUGCCUGAUGAUAUUGCAUUCAUAGGUGCGCUCUGCGCUUGCACGCAUGCAGGACUGGUUAAUGAAGGCCGCAAAAUCUUUGAUUCGAUGAGCAGGCACUAUGGUAUAAGGCCAAAGCUUGAGCAUUAUGGGUGCAUGGUGGACCUCUUGGCACGGAGCGGGCUACUCCAUGAAGCAAGACAAUUGGUGGAGAGUAUGCCCAUGGAGCCUGAUGCUCUAAUCUGGGGAGCUCUGAUGGCAGGGUGUAGGUUUCAUAAAAAUGUGGAACUGGCAGAGCAUGUUGUAAAGCACUUGAUUCAAUUAGAGCCGGAUCGUAGUGGGGUUUAUGUUCUCUUAGCUAACAUAUAUGCUGCUUCAGGGAGGCAUGAUGAUGCUAGGAAGACGAGGUUCUUGAUGAAGACGAAGGGAAUACCGAAAACCCCAGGAUGUAGUUUAAUUGAGAUUGGAGGAACAGUUCACCAGUUCUUGGUAAGCGAUACAACUCAUCCCCAGAUUAAAGAUAUCUUGAUGAAGUGGGAAGAGAUUGAGAAUCGGAUAAGACUGGAGGGAUAUAGCCCGGACAAGAAAGAAGUACUGCUUGACAUAGAUGAAGAGGACAAGGAAGAUGCACUUGCUCGUCAUAGUGAGAAGUUGGCAAUUGCCUUUGGGUUGAUUAGCACAAGGGAUGGGAUGGCCAUUCGUGUGGUAAAGAACCUUAGGGUGUGUGGCGAUUGCCAUCAUGUCAUUAAACUAAUAACCAAACUUUAUGAUAGAGAAAUAGUUGUUAGAGAUCGAACUCGUUUCCAUCUUUUCAGAGGCGGUAGUUGCUCUUGUAAAGAUUAUUGGUGAAGGUAACAGUUGCCUUGCGAACAGUAUAGAGACUCCACAUUUGUUCCUUCCAACUCUGUUUAUUGAGAUUGUCUUUCUUUAGUUGAAGAGGUAUCGAGAGAGAUUCUGUUUUUUUUUUUUGCCCCUUUAUGAUAAUGGAAUGUCACACAUGAGACAGGAAAAAAUAGUUCCAAUGCCUCUCUUCAUUUCCUGGUGAAGGUGCAGAAAGGGUGGGACUACUGCUCAAAGAAAAGCAAUUGAAUAUGACUCAAGUGUAAGGUCGAAAUCAUGAAGAUGCACAGUGCUCAACUGGUAACUUAUCAGAUUCCAAGACAAAAGAAAGAUGGAAGAUGCUGUGUUGCCAGCCAGCUUGGGAGCGUAUUUCUCUAUUAGAAAAGAUCAUGCAGCUUGAGAUAUAUGAACUUGUCUUUGGCAAGAUGUUCUCAGUAAUGUGCAUGCAGACCUUGUAUGGCAAAUGAGCUUGCAUGAGAAAAGGUUGAUGGUUAUAAAAUUGUUACAGCAAUUAGAUGGAAAAAGGAAUUCCAUCUCUAUCUCUAAAGACUUGUGAAAGUUCACGGUUCUUAUAUUAUGCUAUCAAUCAGGGAUCAAUUAGUCCCUUGAUCUCUGCACUGAGACGAGGC